CUGACAGAUGACAGAGAUUUUCUGAAGGUGAAAAGUUGUUCAAAGGAAAGUGAAAGCCUAUUUUAAGUAUUUUAGUGUAGUUAAAUGUUAAAAAAACCGAAGUAUUGCUUUGUUGAAUCAAAACUGAUUAAUAAAUAGAUAUAUUAUUUACUUAAAAUAGUGAAAUUUAGUUGACAAGUAAUAUGGUGAAUACUCGUCGAAAGGAGUCAAAUGGCUCGCUGGAAGGACCAGAGCUCCGUGGAAGGACGCGCCCGAAGCAGAUCAAACCAGAACCAGCAGAAGAAGACAGUGACUCUUCGAGCGUCAAUGAAAGUGACAGUGAAUCUUCAGAUGAUAAACCAUCUAUAAAACCAUCAACAUCCCUACCUCCUAGACAGUUGAGAAGUAAAUUUAGCUAUGAAAAUAGGAAAUAUAGUCCCCGUCCAUUAAGAGCUACUCACAAGGAAAUUUCGGAGCAAAGGAGAGCUUUAUCUCUGUAUUCCCGCAAAAUGGACAAUUCAUAUGGGUAUGGACAGGGUAAUGAAUCGGAGGAGGAAAUCUUCAGAGUUCGGGGAGAAAGAGCCCGGCACCUGAUACGAAUGAGUAGAAUACGAAGACGUGAAGCUCUAUCUCUUAGACCUGUCAGUCAAAGUUAUGCAGAUCCUCAUUCACCACUUCCAUUUAAUUCGGAUAGUGAAGGUAGAGUUAAAAGAAACAAACGAAAGCGAGCCGUCAACAUGUCCUGGUUAGAUGACAGUCAAAUGCACAAAGUUGGUUAUCCGAAUCUGCACACUGGUUAUUCCGAAGAAGACAGCAGAGAUGCGGCGGACGCUCAUAAUGAGAUAGAGAUAACUCGUCGUGUUACUAGGCGCAAUAAUUUAAGACUGAGACACGCCGUUGAAACCCCGAAAUACCUUUACGAUUACGGCGUGAAAUCAGAGCCUAGACGUUUGAGAAGAAAAAGUAACAAAGAAGUUGAAUUGAACCAAGAUAUGGUAGUCACUAGAACAACUAAUGACAAAGAAAAUAAAAAAGAAGAAACUGAUAAAUUCCACGGUAGGCUUAGAAGAUCUAAAAAUAUGAAUUGCGUUGAAGAAACGGAAAGAGACGAAGAAAAGCAAUCAGAUGGAACAGACGAAAAUAAAAAUGAUGAAGAUGAAAAGCCCAAAGUUAAUGGCAAAAUUGAAGAAAACAAAAAACAAGAUGAUAAUAAAAAAGAAGAAUCGUCGGAAAGCGAGGACGAAGCGGAACAAAGAGAGCUUCCAGUUACAAGACUUCGUACCACUAGAAAUAGCCGUGGUGGUAUUAAUAAUAAUAUGUUGCUCAAUUCGGAUUAUGCCACAGCGUCAGUUCAUCCAGUAAAAGGCCAAAAAGUUAUAAGAAGAAUUGAUACUAGUUCUGAAUCUGAAGAAGAAGAAGAAAGGAGAAAAUAUUCUUUAAGAGAUAGAAGAGCAAAACCAGCUCCUAAAACAAUGCAACAAUCGGUUUUAAAAACAAGAGAGCUGAGAACAAGAGAACUGAGAACAAGAUUUAACAGGAGGCGAGUUUCUUCUAGCUCUAGCGAUUCUUCUUCAUCAGAUGUCCGUCGAGGCAAACAACCGAAAAGUCCUCAUCACUCCAAAAAUGAAAGGAUGAGAACCGGCGCCGGUGGAAGUACAAAUAUAAUUCCGAUAAAACCGGAAACAUUAGAUAAUCGCAUUCGUUUCAACACCAUCGGUGGAUUAGAUAGUCACAUACAGUGCUUAAAAGAAAUGAUAUUGUUGCCUAUGAUGUAUCCAGAAGUAUUUAAACAGUUUCACAUUCAACCCCCUAGAGGUGUACUCUUCCACGGUCCCCCAGGUACUGGCAAAACGUUAAUAGCCAGAGCAUUGGCCAACGAAUGUAGUUUUGGAAAACGGAAAGUAUCAUUUUUCCUCAGGAAAGGGGCUGAUCUACUUAGUAAAUGGAUAGGAGAAUCAGAGAAACAAUUAAGACUCUUAUUUGAACAAGCAGCUGAAAUGAAACCUUCCAUAAUUUUUUUCGACGAAUUAGAUGGUCUCGCACCAGUGAGAUCGUCGAGACAAGACCAGGUGCACGCCAGCAUAGUGUCCACGCUUCUUGCUUUAAUGGAUGGGCUAUCUGACAGAGGUGAAGUUAUUGUCGUUGGUGCCACGAACAGAAUAGACGCCAUUGACCCGGCUUUACGAAGGCCCGGGAGAUUUGAUAGAGAAUUGUUCUUUCCAUUACCAUCGAAACAAGAACGAGAAGAAAUCCUCAAUGUCCACACAUCCCUUUGGACUAAUCCGCCAAGUAAACAAUUAUUGGAUUACCUGGCUGAAAAUACAGUAGGUUACUGCGGUUCAGAUUUGAGAGCUUUGUGUUCUGAAGCAGUUAUUCAGAGUUUUCGAAGAACGUAUCCCCAAGUAUACAAUUCAGAAUUUAGAUUAUUAUUGCAACCAGAAAAUGUUAUCGUCGAAAAGGUUGAUUUUAUGAGAGCAAAAUCUUUAUUGGUACCAGCGUCCCAUAGAAUUACCCAAGGUUUAGGAAGAAAGUUGUUUCCGAUUUUGGAACCACUCUUACAAGACCCUAUAAAGAAAUCUUUUGAACUUCUCGAACGGAGUUUUCCACAUGGAUUAAGUACUGCUUUAGCAAAAGUUAAAUUAUCUCCUAACGUAAGACCAGCACAACUACUUAUAACUGGUAAUGGAUCUGAACAUGGCCAAACUUCACAUGUGGCUCCAGCAAUUCUUUAUAAAAUGGAACAUAUUCAUGCUUACAUUUUAAAUUUAGUAAUGCUAUACCAAGAUACCAAUAGAUCAACUGAAGAAGCUUGUAUUCAGGUGUUUAAUGAGGCCAGAAAAAAUGUACCAAGUAUAGUUUAUAUUCCUGCCAUAGACAAGUGGUGGUUGCUUGUUUCAGAAACUUUAAGAGCGAUCUUUAAAUCACAAUUAUCUUCAUUAGAUCCUAACAUUCCGAUAUUGUUUUUGGCUACUUCAGAAACUGUAUAUGAUAGUUUACCUACUGAGAUACAGAGAUUAUUUUCCCAUUAUCGAAAAGAAGUAUUAGAAUUGACACCACCGACUUCUGAAUUAAGGCGGUUUUUCUUUAAACCUCUUAUCAUAGAUAGUAGUUUGAAACCAGCGAGAAAGUCUCGCGAAUUGCCAAAAAGUCCACCGCCGCUUCCGAGAGCACCAACCCCACCUCCGUCGCCGCUAAACGAAGAACAAUCUCGAAAAUUGUAUGAAGAAGAAGAACAUACACUUCGAGAACUCAGAAUCUUCCUUAGGGAUAUGUGUAAAAAACUAGCUAAUAACAGAUUAUUUUUCAUGUUUACUAAACCUGUAGAUACUGAAGAGGUACCAGAUUACACAAACAUUAUUAAACAACCUAUGGAUCUGGAAACAAUGAUGACUAAGGUCGAUUUUCAUCGUUACGAGUGUGCUAGAGACUUUUUGAAUGACAUUGAACUUAUUUGUCAAAACGCUUUAGAAUAUAAUCCUGCCAGUAAACACGUAUGUUUUAGAACUUCUGCCGAUAAGCAAAUACGACACAGAGCCUGUUCUCUUCGCGAUUACGCUUACACAUUGAUAAAAUCUGAAAUGGACACAGAUUUUGAGGAAAAAUGUCUAUCGAUUUCCACGAAAAGACGCGAAAGAAAGCACUGCCCAACAAAGUACCUGCCACCUUACAUUAAUACUCCACAAGCUGCAGAUCCAAGCUUAGUUAACGGUAAUCAGCAAAUGGAGAAUGUACACAACGCAAAUUCUAAAUCUAUUGGGAAAAUAGAACAUAAAAGAAAGAGAAGGUCCAUGUGGCAAAGGGGACAUAUAAAGAAAAAAAUACGAAAAAACACAGAUAAUUCACAAAAUCAGAAUGAUGAUUCUGAUUCCGAAUCAAAAGAAGAAGAAGAAGUAGUAAAGACUAAACUAUCUCAAACGCCCAGAUCUAGUUUAUUAAAUAUAACAGAUAAAAAGGAAAACCCACCUGGAAAGAUAUCUGUGGAAGCCACUUCUCCUCUUACUAUUAACUGUGAUAUACAAAGUAGUACGAAAAGGGACAUUACAAGUCCUUUACAAUCCCCUAAAAGAAGACUGAGCGAUAUUCUUAGCCCUUCCGAAUUGUUAGAUAAUCCCUUAGAUUUUGAUGAUGUUGAUGAAGCUUUGAAUGAAUCUGCAACCGAAAGGAUUUUAAAUAUGAAACCAAUAGAAUGUUCUAUGGCAGAGUUGGAUAAGGUUUUGGAUACAGCAGUUAAAAUAACUGAUGGUUUUUCUUUAAUAUCUCUAUUGGAUUUGUAUAAUCAGUUAAAUAGGAUAAUUAAAAAGCACUCGAGGACACAUUUAAGGGCGUCUUUACCAAAGGAAUUAGCGAGAGAACUCGCAAGGUUCAAGAAAGAAGGAGCUGCCGAAUAUAAAGCCCAUUCGUCUCCUUAAAAUUAAUAAAAUGUGAAAUAUUUUUUUAUAUAUUUAUGUUGCAGUAUUUUUAAGAAACAGAAAAACCUUGAAUUGUAUUUAAAUUAAAUUACUUAAUUUUAUUUAUUUUAUAUUUAAAAUAUACUUUUUUGAAUACACCAUCACCAAAGAUAUUUUCAAUUUGUUGUCACUGCCAUAGACGAGUUAUAAUUGAUUUAAGUUGUAUUUUUUGUAUAUACGUGCCUUCCCCUUUAUUUAUAAGUGGUUGUUGCAUAUUACAGAAUCAUUUGAUAAAAUUAUGAAUCUUUUAAGAGUGGUUUAAUCUUCAAAUUAAUAAAAGUAUG